AUUACUACAACAAACACACGGGGGCGCCAAACCCAUCCAAACGCCUGUCACACCUUAAAAUGCUCACCGACGAAUCACAGCAUCGAACGUCUCCACCAACCAAUCAACGUUAGCGCUUUCCCAAACAGUCCAAUUGGUGGCUGCGAGGGGCGGGAUUAGCACUACAGCCUCUUCCUGGAUGGCAAUGCUGCUUAUGGCUAAUAAACACCUUUCAUAGAAAUCCAGAAAUUAAUAAAAGUAGCAAAUCUAUUAUAACCGCAAGUGAGAGGGAUACCGUCGCGAUGGGUUUGCUCACGAUUUUAAAGAAGAUGAAGCAGAAGGAGCGGGAAAUGAGGCUGCUGAUGUUAGGUCUGGACAACGCGGGGAAGACGACCAUCCUGAAGAAGUUCAAUGGAGAAGACGUCAGCACCAUCUCCCCGACGCUGGGCUUCAACAUCAAAACACUGGAGCACAGAGGGUUUAAAUUGAAUAUUUGGGAUGUGGGGGGUCAGAAGUCACUGCGCUCCUACUGGAGGAACUACUUUGAAAGCACAGACGGGCUGGUGUGGGUAGUGGACAGCGCAGACAGACUCAGACUGGAAGACUGCAAGCAGGAGCUCAGUGCACUGCUCCUGGAGGAGAGGUUAGCUGGUGCAACACUGCUGGUGUUUGCCAACAAACAAGACUUACCAGGAGCCCUGUCAAAAGAGGCGAUACGAGAGGCGCUGGCCCUGGAUGAGAUCAAAAGUCAUCACUGGUGCAUCAUCGGCUGCAGUGCAGUAACAGGAGAUAAUUUAUUAACUGGAGUGGACUGGUUAUUAGAUGAUAUCGCUGCAAGGAUCUUUACCACUGACUGAGUGUCCCUGAUUUUCUUUUUUUUUUUUUAACAGCAACUCAGACAUGACUCAAGUGUCAUUAGGAUACGGAGUCAAGUAUCAAAGCAGAACUUGACAAAUGCAUUCUGUUUCAUGUUGCCAGACACCUGUGCUGUCAAUGAUUACACAAUUCACACCUGGCUUUCAUAUUUUGUCCACAGUUGAGGUAGAUAUUGUGAAGUGACUCUAAAAAUUAACUCAUACUAAUGCCUAAAAGAUGUUUAAAGUAUGCAAUGUUUGAACUUUUGCACAGAUUGUUUGAUUUAUGCCUCUUUCAAAUGUUUAAAAUUAAAUGCUGAUUGUAAAGUG